AUGCAAGUCCUCUACCACUUUAUGUUGAAUUUAGGCGUGGCCGAUAUGGUGACAGGUGUGUACCUAGCCCUGCUGGCCAUCGAGGACAACCAGACGGCCGAUGAAUAUUAUCGAUAUGCGGUUGGGUGGCAGACUGGGUGGGGCUGCGCAACGGCUGGAUUCUUCGCCGUCUUCGCUUCACAACUCGAUUACCUCUAUGUUCUUCAUUGCUUUCGAAAUGGCGUACAAUACCAGGAAAGCAACCCACGGUCGCCGACUUGGCUUAGGCUUCGGAAUACUGAUGCUUGCAGUCGGCUAUGUCUUAGCAGCUGUUAUGGCGCCCUGCCGCUUUUUGGUAUCUCCAGUUACUCCACCUCUAGCAUUUGCCUGCCACUACGCGUUGAUACGCUCUGGGAUAAGAUCUACAUCCUCUUCGGACUCCUAUUCAACAUGAUCGCCUUCUCCGGGAUGGUCGUCUGCUACGUGUUCAUUUUCUGGAUGCUCAAAAUCGAGGACCCAGACGCUCCAAGCCGUCCAGAAGAUCGGGCAGUGAUCAAGAAAAUGGCGCUGCUCAUCGGGACCGACAUGAUUUGCUGGUUUCCCACCCUGUUCUUUGGCUUCACAGCUGCCCUCGGGUUCCUGCUGAUCUCGAUCUCGGACGCGAAGAUCUUCCUCGUCUUCUUCUUCCCGAUCAACUCGUUCAUGAACCCGUUUCUCUACGUGUUCUUCACAAAGGUAAUCCAGCGGCACGUGAAAAAGAAGGCCGUCCCUGCCAUCCAGCGUAUCGUCAGCAUGCCUGUGCUAUCUACAAUCUCCCAGUACUAUACGCAUCCACCGAACAGCCGCCGAAAAACGCACGAGGAGGACGCGCUGACGAGCACCAUGAAUCAAAAGUGUGUAUCAGAACAUUCCGGAAGUGAAAAUACGAACAGCACCAGUCGGCCACAAACUUCUCCGGAGCCAGCUGGGGAGGAGCAGAGGCCAAGCUUCUCGCUGAGCUUCCGGCGCCCGUUUCUACACCGAAGACGUGAGGGCAGCACGCGGAGCGGACAGGACAGUGGAAGGGGCAGUAUGACCUCGGAAUCGACGCUGGGCCUUCUAAACCAAGAGCGCCUCUCCCUGGCCACAUCGCAUGAGGGCGAGAGCGAUGACGAGAGGAUAGCCGUGCCGAUGGUUGUGCUCCACAACUCUCCCUCAACUACGGCAGACCCGGAAAGAAGUGGAGAACCCGCGAAAAAAUCGCACAAUCCCUUCAAAAUGCCCUCAUUGCUGGAUCGGAGGACGCAGCUAAAAGAAGACCGCCGACGCAGCGUGCCGAUCAUCCCGCCGCUGCUCGUCGUCAGCGAGUGCUCCGAAAAUAGCACCAGUAGC